AUGGAGAACUCUGAAGGUGUCCUCGUUGACCUUUACAUUCCCCGCAAGUGCUCUGCCACCAACCGCCUCAUCACUGCCAAGGACCACGCCUCUGUCCAAAUCAACGUUGCCGAUGUCAACGCUGAAGGUCGCAGCACUGGCAGCUUCGGUACCUAUGCUCUUUGCGGUUUCGUUCGUCGCAACGCUGAAGCUGAUGACAGCAUCAACCGUUUGGCCACUGAGGACGGCUACCUCAAGAACGUUUUCUCCUACCAGCACUAG